AUGGCUGCUACAUUUGAUCAAGGUUUCUGCAACAAAAUUGCAGAACUUUGUUAUAGUAAAUAUGACACUCUUCCGAAGAAUGGAAAACCAAAUGAUAGACAGUGGACUCUACUUGCAGCAAUUGUCAAAGUAAAUGGUUGGGGUAUAGAUCCAGUGUUUGAAGUGAUUUCAGCUGGAACUGGAUCAAAAUGUGUGGGGCAGUCAAAAAUGUCUUCUACAAGACUGAAUGACUGCCAUGCAGAAGUGAUGGCGCGACGAGGAUUUCUUCGUUACUUAUAUUAUCAAGUCUUUCAACAGCUGCAUACGGGUAAAUCAGCCCUCUUUAGUGGCACUGAUUAUGAAGGUCGCUGCAUCAUGAAAAAUGAUAUUACAUUCCAUUUUUUCACCAGCCAUGUUCCUUGUGGUGAUGCUUCAAUAUUUCCAAAAUUUGAUGAUUAUUCAGAUGGCACAUGCACCCUACCAAUUAAUAUUUCAUUUUCACAUGCAUUAAAGGAAGUAUCCAAGAUGCAGGAUGCCAAUGCAAAUAAACAUUUAUCUAAAAAUACAGUAAGCAAAGAAGCAGAAACUAUAUUCCAGACUAAUGAUGGAGUUGAGUCUGAUGUGAGUCAAGCCAGUUGCUCCCAUAACCAUUUACCAACCGGGAAAGGACCAUUUGUUAAGCAGUUAAAUACUGAUUCAGAAGUUCAACUGCCAAGAACAGUAAGGCUCCAAGAAAUUACAGGUGAAGAGUGUAAAACAGCAGUCCACUGUGGAAAUGAAGUAAAAUUUACAGUGAUCGAGCCAAGUGAGCUCCAUUCUGUGUCACCCCACACUCAUACAAAUUCAACUGAUGAAAACUAUAAGUGCUCUGGACUGAAACGUGCAUCUGAGCACGAAGAAAAUCUUAGCCCAUUGUCAAAAAAACCAGCUUUCUCCGAUGUUUACAGAACAGGUUCAAAGUGCCUCCCAGGGGAAAAAUUACAAGAUCCUAAACUUCCUGGAGCAAACUAUCAUGUAACAGGAGUACUUCGAGGGAAACCAGGUCGCGGAGAGCGCAGUCUAUCAUUAUCCUGUAGUGAUAAAUUAGCAAGGUGGGCAGCAGUGGGUUUGCAGGGUGCUUUAUUGUCUUUGCUUUUGCAUGCACCUGUUUACUAUAAGACACUCAACAUAGGUGGCAGCAGUCCAUACUCAUAUGAUGCACUUCAUCGAGCAGUUGUGGGAAGAACAACUGGCGUAGUUGGCCUAAAACCACCAUAUGGACUGUCAUCACCUAUAUUUCUACAUUCUACAUUGCCUUUCUCAGAUGCCCGUCAACCAGGAAAAUUGCCUUGUGCUGAAAGCAUAGUGUGGAGUGCAGUACCUGAUAGGCCUCUGGAAGUUGCAGUAAAUGGAAUUAAAAAGGGUACAACAAAGAAAUCAGAAAAACUGCAUUCUACUUGCUGCUUGAUGAUAUGUAAGAAAGAACUGUUAUGCCAGUUUAUGCAUUGCACGCAUGUUAUAAAUGGUGUUGACAUUUCCAACAUGACUUACGCACAAAUCAAAGGAAUGGCAGAACAUUACAGAGCAGCAUGGAACAUUGUACAGAAAACAUGUUUUCCUGCAUGGCCUAGGAAACCUACAGAGCUGUCAUCAUUCACCGCUGGAGAAUAAAAUUGUGUUACUGAGUACUACAAUUGAAUAACCUGUUUUCCCUCUGUGUUCUGUAGGUAUGACUAACUACUUUAGACCCUGGUCGGCAUUAACUGUAUAAUGACUGAAUAUGAGGAUGUUGUUGUGAUCUUCAGUCCAAAGACUGGUUUGCUGCAGCUCUCCAUGUUAGUCUUCCUGUGCAAGGCUUUUCAUUUCUGAGUAACUUCUGCAACCUACAUCCACUGUGAUCCUGCCUAUAUCUCUAUCUGCAAUUUUUACCUCCCCAGCACUUCCCUAUGUUACCAAACUCGCUAUUCUUUGAUGUUUCAGAAUUUGUCCUAUGAAUCAAUCCCUUCUUUUAGUCAAGUUGUGCUAUAUAUUUCUUUUCUUUCCAGUUUGAUUCAGUAUCUCCUCUUUAGUUUAUUUAACGUACCCAUCUGAUCUUCAGCAUUCUUCUAUAGCACCAAGUAUUUAUUCUCUUUGUGUGACCUGCUUAUCGUCGAUGUUUUACUGCUCUACAAGUCUACACUUCAGAAAAUAUUUCCUAACACUUGUAUUUAUAUUAGAUGUACACAAAUCCCUAUUUUUGAUAAAUGCUUUUCAUGCUGUCGUCGAUUUGCAUCCUAUAUUUUCUGUACUUUGACCAUCACUUAAUUUACUACCCAAGUAGCUAAACUCUUCUACUGGUUUUAGUAUCUCAUUUCCUAAUGUAAUUCCCUCAACAUUACCUUAUUAAAUUUAACUACAUUGCAUUACUUGUGUUAAUGCCCUCUUUUCAUGACACUAUCCAUUAUGUUCCACUGCUCUUUCAAGUCCUGUGCUGCCCCUGACAGAAUUACAGUGUCAUCAGCAAACCUCGAAUUUUUUAUCUCUUCUCCCUAACCUGUCAUUCCAUUUCCAAAAUUUUCCCUGAUUAUCUGUACUGCUUGCUCACUGUACAAGUUGAAAAACUUUGAGGGUAGGCUACAACACUGUCUCAUACCUUUCUCAACUACUGCUCCCCUUCUAUACCCUGUGACUAAUCUGGUUCCUACACAAGUUGUAAAUAACCAUCACUUCCUUUAUUUUACACCUGCAGCUUUGAAAAAAUUGAGUGUAGGUCAGUCAACAUUGUCAAAAGCUUCCUCUAAAGCUACAAGUGCAGGUUUGCCUGUCUUCCAAGAUGAGACAUAGACUCAGUACUGCCUCACAUGUUCCUACAUUCCUCAAGAUCUGCUUCCAUUACCUGGCCUUGAUGUUACUGUAGUUAGCCUCCUGUGGCCAUUGUCAGAAGCACACGGCAAAUUUACUGUAAACAAGUACAGUGAUGACUAAGGGAAACACAUCGCAUUUUGAAUGACUGACAGUUGUUCGUAUACCAUCAUAUGGUUCAGCAUCUCCUCGUGAAAUAGUACGAUAAAAACUCUCACCAAGCCGACUGAAGUGCCCCCACUCCCAGGUGCAAUAAUAUUAUGGUUGACUAAUACCACUUUUUCCUUCUUCUGUAAAUAAUUGUCAAUAUUUUGCAUCCAUGACUUAUUAAUCUGAUGGUACAGCUGUGAGCACCUGCCUUCUUUGAAAUUAAUACAUUCUUCCUAAAGACUGAGGGUAUUUCCCCUGUCUCAUGAAUCUUGCACACCAGAUGAAAUCAUUUUGUCAUGGAUCUCAGUAAUUCUGAGGGGAUGCCCUCACUCCAGGGUCCAUCUUUCAGUGCCCUGUCGAAUUCUUUUCACAGUAUCACAUCUCUGAUCUCAUCUUCAGCUAGUUCCUCUUCUCUUUCUCUGACCUUGUCCUCAAGUUUUUCUCUUAUAUAGACAGUAUGUAUAUUCCUUCCACCUUCCCCUUAUUUGCUUAGUACUGACUUGCAUCGAACUUGAUAUUCAUACAGCUGCUUCUUUUCUCUCAUAAAAUUUCUUUAAUUUCUUGAUAGGCAGCAUCUGUCUUUCCACUAGUUGUGCACUUUUGUUCUCUAGCCUUCACUGUUUAGCCUCUCUGCAUCUUCUGUUAAUUUUUCAUUUUUAUAUUUUCUCUUUUUAUCAGUUAAAUCCAAUAUGUCCUGUAUUAUCCAAGGAUUCCUACUACGCCUUGUCCUUUUACCUGUGGUCCUCUGUGCCUUCAGUAUUUCAUUUCUCAAAGCUACCCAUUCAUCAUCUGUUGUAUUCCUUUCCCCCCUCCCUCUGAAACUUUCCACAACAUCUGGUUCUUUCAACUUAUCCAGGUCCCAUCUUGAAUUCCCUCUUUUUGUAAUUUUUUCAGUUUUACUCUGUAGUGUAUAACCAACAAAUGAUGGUCAGAGCCCACAUCUCGCCCUGGAAAUGUUUAAAAUCUAGUUUCAAUAUCUCUGUACUACUGCUGUGUAACUUGAGGAUAUUUGACUAGAUUCACUCAAGAAUGAAUUGAGCUUCCCAGAUCAUAAGAAAAUGAAAAUUGUCUCAGUUUUUAUUUAAACUUCUGGCAGGCUCUAAGAAACUAGUUCGUUUAGUUAAUACUUUCCUGCAGUAGGCUCCUUAUAAUGUUAUACUGAAUCGCACUUUAGUCAUUGUGAUUUUAUCCCUUUCUUUGUUUGUCCACGAGUUGUAGCAGUAAUUAAGAGAGAGAACUUUUAAGUGGGAUGAGUGUGGUUCAGAUAACCAGCCAUUUAGCUUAUCAGGGUUUUUGUUGUUGUAAUAAACUCUUCGGAACUACACUAGUAUGGAUCUGAUUUCCUUCCUGGAUCCAGUGUUCAUAGGAUGUUAACGAUCUUCCAUUGUUAGAUGUAAACUUUUAUUUCUCAUAGUCUGAUAGUAGGUAAUUUAAUGUCACGACUGCUAUAUAACUUAAUCUUUGGCAUCUGUGUAUCUUGUGAACACACAUAAUAAAUAUAUUAUUUCUCA